AUGAACGGAGGAAAAGACUGCGAGGGAGGGGAGAGGGAGGGGCCUCCUCCGGCAGCUCAGGUGCCCAUAGGCUGGCAGCGUAAGGCGGACCCCGGAGGAGUGGUCUAUAUAAGUCCCAGUGGGUCUGUGCUGUCCUGCCUGGAGCAGGUAAAGACCUACCUGCUGACAGAUGGGACCUGUAAGUGUGGCCUGGAGUGUCCCCUUAUCCUCCCCAAGGUGUUUAAUUUCGAUCCUGGGGCCGCCGUCAAGCAGAGGACGGCAGAGGACGUGAAGGCCGAUGAAGAUGUCACCAAGCUCUGCAACCACAAGCGGAAGAUCAUCGCUGUGGCCACGCUGCACAAGAGCAUGGAAUCGCCGCAUCCUUCUCUGGUUCUGACCAGCCCAGGGGGUGGCACAAGUGCAACACCAAUGGUUCCCACACAUUCAGCAACUCCACGAGCAAUAAGGAAUAAAUCUCACGAGGGACUGGCCAACUCUGUGGCCUCGGACUGUAAGAACCCUUUCAGGAUGAUGAUGGCGGGCCAGCGGCACUACCCGCCGGAGCUGAGCGCGGCCGCGCAGCAGCAGGAGCUGUACGCCGGCUACCCGAGGCUGCGGCCGGGCAGCUCCGAGCACCACGGGCAGAAGUCUCCGUACCGCGGCGGGCACGGCAGCAUGAUGAGCCCCGCGUCCUACGGCGACGGCGGCCCGCUGUCCCCCAGGGCCGACCCCCUGGGGAGCCCGGACGCCACCUUCGCGCGGGCCAACCCGGCUGGCUUCCACGGUGCCGGCAGCCCCAUCCACGGCGGCGGCAGGACGCCGCUGUCCCCGCCCGCCACGCUGCUGCACGGCUCGCCCGCCGCCCAGGCGUCCUGCGCCAUGGCGGGAAGGACUAACGUGCCCCUUUCCCCCACCAUCGCCGCCAAAAGCCCCGUCAUGAAGAAGCCACUGAGCGGCUUCCCCCCGGGCAUGGACAUGCCGAGGUCGGUGUUCCACCACAAGCCCCCGCCGCCACCACCCCUGCCCCCCUCCUGCGCCCUGCAGAAGAAGCAGGUGUGCUCGGAGAAGGACCCGCUGGGCAUCCUGGACCCCAUCCCCAGCAAGCCGAUGGGCCAGAGCCCCAUGGCCGUGAACCCGUCUACCUUCCAACCCAACGUCCACUCUCAGGUACCAAUGAUGAAUGUAAACAUCCCGCCAGCCAUCGUCCCCCUGCCGAGCAACCUGCCCCUGCCGACGGUCAAGCCCGGGCCCGUGGGCCACGGCGGCCACGCGCAGAGGGUGCAGCACGCCCCCGUCACGUCCAUCUCGCCUUCCCCGGUCACCUCCCCGGUGCACGUAACGGGUCCUGCCAUGGGCAGGGUGGAGCUGUCCCCCCAGAGGUCGCGCUCGUCCUCCACCUCCUCCGACCACGGGAGCUUUGUCAUGCCCCCAGGGCCCCAGGCCGCCUGCGGCAGCAUGAAGGUCCCGCCCCGGUCCCCGCGGUCCUCCAUGGGGUCCCCCCGGCCCGCCAUGCCUUCCAGCCCCUCCACCAAGCCGGACUCGCUCCACCAGUACAAAGACAUCCCCAGCCAGCUGCUGGCGGGGAUGAACAACGUCCUCAGCAGCCAGGCCAACUCCAUGUUCCCCCCAGCAGCCUCAGCCGGCAACGCCGUGCCCCAGAAGGGUCACCCGGGCCUGCUGGGCAUGCCUCUCAACCAGAUCCUGAAUCAGCAUAACGCUGCUUCCUUCCCGGCAAGCAGCCUCCUGUCAGCGGCGGCCAAAGCACAGCUAGCGAAUCAAAACAAACUGAGCGGCAGCAGUAAUGGCGGCGGGAAUGGUGGCGGGGGAGGGAACGGCGGUGGCGGCCUAGGUAUGGGCGGCGGCGGCGGCGGCAGCGGGGCCGUGGACGGCCACAGCACUUUAAACCCCAUGUUCCCCCCCAACUCCGGCAUGCUGCUGAGCAUGAGCGAGGGCCAGAGCGGGCGAGCGGCCCUGCGGGACAAGCUCAUGGCCCAGCAGAGGGACCCCCUGCGCAAGCGCAAGCAGCCCAACAGCGGCGGCGGUGGCGGCGGCAUGGUGUUCAGCAUGCUCAAGCCCCACAUGGCCGGCCCCAGGCCUCCGGGCCCCGCCGCGGAGCAGCUGCGGAAGGCGCCGCGGCCGGGCGGCCUCCCCCCCAACACCUCCAUGGCCCAGCUGCUCCAGUCCAUGAGCUGCCAGAGCUCGCACAUGGCCGGGAACAAGGCGCCCGGCUGCAUGGGCCCCGGCCCGCCGGCCCCCGGCCAGCUGCAAUUCGGGGAGGGGCCCGUGGGCCAGGGGCUGCCCCCCCAGCAGGGCGGGCAGGUGCAGCAGCGGCUCCACGGCCGCGGGGAGGGCCUGCACUGCCACGGCGCGGAUGGCAGGGGCCACGGCCCGCACGAACAGUUCACGGGGCUCAUGAACCCCAUGCAGGCCGCCUCCGUGGGGAGCUGUGGGCCACUGGGCCAGGUGUCCCUCAACAGCUCCCCGCCGGGACACCCGCUUGCACAUCACCACCACCUCCCGCCACAGGGCCACCCGCACGGCCUGGGCCGGCCUGCCAUGGCCUCCACCAUGCCCAACAGCAACGAAGGAGGCUGCUCCCAAGCCAUCCCUGAGCCUGGCGAUACUUCCUCCCUGAACUGCACCAUCAACAACCUCCAGCCCCUCAGCAGCAGCCAGAUGUUCCAGCAGAUGGGCCAGCCGCAGCUGCUCCAGGGCAUGCAGGGCAUGCCGGCGGUCCAGGGCUUCCAGGACCCGCACGCCUUCCCCGAAAACCCCUUCCCCGAGAACCCCUUUCCCGAGAACCCUUCCUCCAGCCCCAUGGCCUGCCUCUUCCAGAACUUUCAGGUGAGUUUGCCUGAGAGCAUUUCGGACCCCAACAAGCAGAUGAGCACGCAGUCGGCGAUGACAUCACUCCCGGAGGCGGCGGGAAUGGCGCCGCUGCAGCACCUGCGAGACGGCCCGCGGGAGCUGCAGCCGCAGAGCAUGGGGCCCCCCGGGGGGCCCCACGGGACGGAGGGCCUGCCGGGCGGCGGGGGCGGGGGCGAGUCGGUGGACGCCAUCUACAGGGCGGUGGUGGACGCGGCCAGCAAGGGCAUGCACGUGGUGAUCACCACCACGGUGAGCGGCACCACGCAGGCCAGCCUGGUGCCCGCCCUCAGCGCCAUGAGUGCCUUCACCGCCUCCAUCGGGGACCCGGUCAGCCUCCCGUACGCCGUCAACGCCGUCAUCCACGGCCACCGGGGGGCGCACCCGGAGGCGGAGCCCCCGCCGCAGCCGCCGCAGCCGCCGCCCCCCCGCCCCCGGCCGCCCCAGCCCGGCCGCCCCCGCAGGAACUCGGAGCAGGGCAAGAGCACGCCGGAGGUCGGGGAGCCCCACGAGUACUUCCGGUCCCCCGGCCACGCCACGCCCCGGCGGCAGUGGGAGGGGGAGGCGGCGGCGGGGUCGGGGCCGGACGGACACCCGCCGUGGCGGGGGGAGGAGUUCCUGGAGUGCUCCACACACGUGCGCAGCAGCCCCUGCGCGGAGAGGCCCGGCCUGGCCCCGCCCUGCCCCGCCGACCCCCCGCACCACCACCACCACCACCACGAGCCCGUGCCGCCCGACGACGCCUUCCGCUUCAACAACUGCAAGCGGGCGGCCGUCGGCUUCAAGGAGCGGCUGGAGCAGACGCUGGAGCGCUGCGCCCACAUGAACGGCGGCGCCCCGCUCCCGGGGCGGCCCUACGGGGACGUGCUGGGCCCCCCCAGGCAGGACGCGGCGGCCGAGGACCAGUCCCCCAGCUCCUCCACCAGCCUGGAGGGCUCCCUGGUCAAGGACUACAUCCACUACAACGGCCACUACAACGGCUGCGCGCCCAGCCCCUCCGACACCAAGAGCCUGAGCAGCGAGGAGGACCUGCGCCACCCGGACUCGCCCUCCUCCAACGAGCUCCUGCACUACCGCCCCAGGACUUUUAACAUGGGCGACCUGGUGUGGAGCCACAUCAAGGGCUUCCCCCCGUGGCCGGGCAAACUGGUAACUGAGGACCAGGUGCACAACCCCAGCAUGCAGAACAGUGAGCAGGACAAGGUGGAGCCAGAGAGGCUGAAGACACUAACAGAAGACCUGGAGGCGCUCAACAGAGCUUCCAAGAGGAAUAUAAAAGGUGGAAAACUGAAUAAUCAUUUAGAAGCUGCUAUACAUGAAGCGAUGAGCGAGCUGGACAAAAUGUCAGGCAGUGUUCACCAGAUGCCACCAAGAGACAGACAGAUGAAGCCCCCCAAACCCAAGCGGCGGAAGAUCUCCAGAUAACAUUGAAUGUGUUGGUCAUCAGUCCAGUAACGAGAUGUGAACUGUGUACAUACAGAGUCUUAACCGUUUAACAGACCCCCCCCAUCCCCCAGUCCCGGUGCUACAAUCAAACAGUGGUACAGUAUUUUUCAACCCCUCCAGGACACAGACUGACAGUGAAGGUGCUGGAUAAAUCAGAAACUGUGUAAACAACGGUUUGCCGUUUGUCUAAAGCUUGCUGAAGAACUAUUUUUUUCAAGAAUACUAAAAAAAAAAAAAGAAAAAGAAAAAAAUCCUGCAUAUGAGAAAAUAGACAGUCCAAAUAUUUCUGAUACAUUUUCAAUAUGUAUAUAGACAAAGCAGAAAUGUCACGGUGAUAUUCAGAGAAGAAAUGUAAAUAUUGUACAAUAUUGUCAUGUACAAGCGUACCUAAUGCACACUUUAUCUUUUAUUGUACAAAACGAAGCAGAAAAAGUGUACAAAUUUCUUUGGUUUUUAUUCAGUACACGGUCAAUAUGACUACCAGUGUAAACGGGAUAAAUAAAAAGAGAUACAGCCUAAAGCUUUUAUAUGAUCACGUUGAAACAUGCUGUUUUUGUAUUAAACAGCAGGAAAAAAAGGCAUGAUUAUGUAAACCCUCGAUUACGACAAGACACUUCACACCGAUAAGUGUUCGUUUAUGUGUGUCGAAACGGAAUGAACUUUACCAGCUGAAAGUACUUCUGGGCUUCUCUUGAAACAGGUCAUCACAACACAGGAAGGGGCAGUGCUACGCACAAAGUAAUGUGACACGCAUAGCAAAGCCAACAGGGUACGCCACGCAAGACGUAUGCCGUUCAUCUGUUGCUCUGGUGAGAUUAAAAGAUUGUUAGUACACUUUCUUUAACUGCUGAAAUAGUGUUUUUAAGCUAUUUUUGAAACACAAAAAAAAAUGCGUGUGUGUUACUGGAGGAAAAAAAAAAAAAGC